AUGACAGAGCCGAAUCUUUCUCCUGCUUGUUUUACAAAGUACAACGAGCAGACCCAAAGCAACCUAUUCUCCCUCUCCCCUCCAGAGAUUCGCUAUGAUAUCUUCACCUACGCUUUGACAAGUGCCUCAGACGCCACGCGACCACCUGAGCAAGACGGAUACUGCAUGCGACCAGGGUAUGAGACCCGCCAUCGGACCUAUAUAGAACUGCUCCGAACCUGCAAAAAUGUCUACAUGGAGGCAUGGUUUAUGCCCUUCUUCUGUUUGGAGCAUGUAUUCCGGAUGGCUAACUGGGACCGCACUCCCGGGCGAAUGAUUACGGUCGAGAAAAAUGCAGCGAGGCCUAGUCUAUCCGAUACACGCAGACCUGGAUGUAGCAACGUAACGAGGAGUUAUAGUUCGGAGGGGCCCGGAGCAAAUGGCGGGUGCUGCCCUCUAGCAUCGAUAGGUUUUGUAUCGACAUCGAGAGCAUCGAGCGAGGUAAGGACGAAGUGGACUAAAUUGCGGGCGAAAUGGCCGACCUAUGGCGAUUCCAGCGAGCCGAUGGCACCAACAUGCUCGCUGUCAAGGCCGAUACCUCCGUAUCUAGAUGGACGGGAAGUUCCAUGCUUGGCAGACGGCGCUGGGUGCGUGAUGAGGUGUCGCCUGGUCAGCUUCAGCAAUACCUCGCGCCUGCAACGUGGCGGCCUUCCCAAGAGCCCUUGGAUGGUCAGCAGGGUUCAAAUCCCCCUCUCCAAGUCGAUUGCAGCCGCCCAUUACCUCGCGAUUUGCGUUGGAACUCCAUCGGGAUCAUAUUUAGAACAUGCCGGAAUAUCCAUGACAGUUCCGGCUGACCAAGUGGUUGCUAAACGCAUCGCUGAUGGGUAUGUUGAUAGCAGUGAUGAGGAAUGGUAG